AUGUUAUGGACAAAGUGUUUUGUGGUUUUAUUUACUCUGUUUACGCUUGGAUUUGGACAAGAUGUCACACAAACAAGCACCGAAUCAAGACUGGCAGAAGGGGAGAAAAGGAUGAGUGAGCAAAUUCUUGAAAUUCUUGAACAUUUUAAGAAACCUAAUCCAGUAGGCAUUCCGGGAGCGGAGAUUCCUGAGCCAUAUUCUGUCCCGGAUAUGAAGCAGUCACUGUCACUUGGCACCUUGUAUUUUAAAAAUACCGCUGUGUAUGGAAUAAGCAAGUUUCGAAUCUUGUACGUAAAUGCUGAAAUAGGAGCCAUGGCGGUUCACGCAGGCUUGGUAAUAGACAAAUUGCAAGCUCGCGGAAAUUACACUUUGUGGACAUGGCUGAACAAAGCACAAGGACCGUUUACCGUUGAUAUUGCCGGUCUGAAAAUACUGGCGAGGGCUUCUCUCGGAGUGGAAAGAAAUGGAAAACUACAAGCGCAAGACAUAUCAAUUGAUCUGAGCUUUAGUAAUAUUGCUGUUAACUUUGAGAAUUUAGGCUUCUUCGGUAGUAUGUUCCAAGGUGUCGUGAACUCUGUUGGUACAUUCCUCUUUGAUUCUAUCAAACCGUACGUUCUAAAAGAAGCAUAUGUCAAAGCGAGGAAAGUCAUAAAUGAGAAGCUAGACGAAGUUGCUGGUGAUAUGCAAUUCCCUAAUUCAAUUUCUCCGUUAGAUAUGGUCAUAGCUGACGCCAGAAAGAAAGUCAGGGAAAUGCAACUUGAUCCUUACAAAGUAAAAGACUACAAUACAACAGUCAGUAUAUUUACAAUCACUUUAGAACAUACUUGGAUAAUGGGCAUUUCAUCAUUUCAACGAGUAGGUAAUAUAACACUUAAGUUAGAGAACAACACAGCAGUGGCUGACUUUGAAAUCGGUACGCAGAAGCUUGAAGGAAUCACGCAAUGGGAAAUCUCGGCCGUCAGCGGUUUAAUGUCAAGAGCAGGCACUGCUUCCUUCUCAGUUGAAUACAUAAGUGGAAGAAUAAUUCUUGCUCAGCCACUAGACACGAGGAAAAAGCCGCAAUUUAGAGAUUUAGAUCUCGAAGUUGGCAACAUUCAAGUUCGUUUCGAUGGCGCGGGAACGUUAGACUACGUUAUUGAAUUUGCAGUAAACAUCUUACCGAAUCUUCUCAGGUAUCAAAUUAUGGAUGCACUUGAAGGUCCCGUCAAAGAAAGAAUGCAACAAGAACUUAAUAAAAUCAACGUUGAGGAGACGAUAAAACAAGAAUUGCCUAAAAUAGACGAAAUGCAACAACAAGGGUUCAAGCUAUCAGCGCUCCGCGUUUCGGAAGCUAAAGAUGAACCGUUCGAUGAAGACGAAUUCUUCAAUUUCUAA